AUGUCAGACUAUCGGCUUUCGUUUCUUGUUGGAUGGUUGAAUUGCUUGAUUUUCUUCGCCGGUUCGACGGUCGUCCACGAGAACGCAACAGAAGUCGAUGUCGCGCCCAGAAUCUUGUCGCGACCUGAGAGAUACCUGAUUUUUCCUCAAGGUAGUAAUUUUCAGUUAGUGUAUUGUCUGACUAUCGGAGCGUACGGCCGAGACGGUGAUUUGGUGCUGGGACUGACAGCCGCCUUAGCCUGGGAACUUCCGAAUAAGGUCGACUCAAAGAUAUCGAAUUUGCUUCACCGUAGAAGCCGGAGCGUCGUAUAUCCGAAAAUGGAGGCUUUCUUGCAAUCCACCGGCCUCGACGGCAGAUCCUGCGUGAUGAGGGCACUCUGCGAAGCAGGCCAGCGAGAUCCUGCCCAGAUAGGCACGGGAUCCUUCAUCCAAGAGCUCCUUCAUGCAAUUUUUACAUUGCCAAAAGAUGGUGCCAGAUUCGAGCGGUCGGAGGAUCGCGCUUACGAUCGCGCAUACGAAACGAGCGGAGACUGCGAACGGCUGUACCCCACGUGUCGGCACUCCAUUUAUGACGUGGACUUUUGA